AUGAAUACCAACGAGACAGUACUUGCAAAUCAAACAGAAUUAGAACAAAUUUGGACACGAGUUGCAACUGAUAUUAAAAUCCGUAAAUUUGAAAACUUACCUGACAUUCCCGAAUUUCAUGAUUUACCAAGUGAAUUGCAAAAUCAACUCAAAAACGAAGUGUCAAAUUUAACAAAUGAUUACAAAAUUUUUCAUAAUGAGCAAAAGUUGACUAAUCACCAUGCAAUACUAUUUUACACAGACAAAGAUAAAUAUCUGGCCAUAUAUGAAGAGAAAAUACCAUCAGCAGCUCUACGAACAUCGCUGGCUGCUUUAGGAUUUUCCAUGGUAUUUAUUUUUAUCUGGCAUCAACUUUUCAAAAUUUUCGACGAGACUCAAAUGCAACAAUUACCAUUAGCCAAUAACGAUCUAAAUGGUCUCGCAACAGGCUAUGACUUGAGUCAUUUAUUAUCAUUGAUAUUGAGCUUUGUACCAACGGUAGUUGGAUAUUCUCAUAUACGAACAUGGUUUUCAACUCGAGAUUCAGCUUAUAAUAAACUAAUCGAAGGCUGUAUGCUGAAGAAAUUGGAUGGGAUCUCAACUUCUUAA